ACUUCAGUUCUGUAUGUACUGUAGGUUUGCGUGGUUCACUGUACUGUGAUAGCACAUCUCGAGCGACGCUGCUGCUCGAUUUGGUGAAACGGUUUUGUUUAGACAGACGGACGAUAGAUGUAACCGUUGACAUGUUUUAAGUUAAGUUCAUGUUCAAAAUAUAAUCAUUGUUGUGGUGCCAACGAUGGGUUACGGAUGGCAAUUUAAGUAUUGGUGGAGAUGGUGGGUCUCACUCAGUCUAUUGUAUGGAAGUGUGAGUUCCUUCCAACAACCAAACAUGGUCUUCAUUAUGGUCGACGAUAUGGGUUGGAACGACGUGUCGUGGCAUGGGUCGAACCAGAUUCCAACGCCGAACCUCGACACGCUGGCCACCCGCGGCGUCGUGCUGCAGCAGUACUAUAGCGAGGCGAUAUGCACGCCUGCGCGGACUGCGCUGCUCACUGGGAAAUAUCCUAUGCGGACAGGCAUGCAUGGAAGUCCUCUAACCAACUCUGAAGACCGCGGUAUACCAGUCACAGAGCGACUGUUGCCAGCGUAUCUGAAGGAGCUGGGCUACUGCACCCACCUGGUGGGCAAGUGGCAUGUCGGCAUGUCUAGGAAGCAGUACUUGCCUCUGUCUAGAGGGUAUGACACGCACUACGGUAUGCGAGGAGGUUUUAUUGACUUCUACACACACGACAAAGUGGAAGAGUUCCCAGACGGAAGACAAUUUUACGGACUUGAUUUUUUCGAUGACGACAUUCCACAAGACGAGGAAGAGCGAUAUUCUGUGGAUGCAUUGACGGAUAGGGCUAUUACAAUUAUACAGAAUCAUAACGGAUCUUGUCCGCUGUUCCUGCAUUUGGCGCACAACACUCCGCAUGCAGGCAACGAAGGAGGUCUGCUCCAGCCGCCGCUCUACUCGCCUGUCAGGAGUCACCAUAUUGCCAACUCAAACAGACGUCUAUACGCAGAGAUGGUAAAUCAUUUAGACAAGAGCGUUGGAAGGCUAGUGACAGCACUAGCAGAGAAAGGAAUAUUUGAAAACACUUUAAUAGUCUUCGUCUCUGAUAACGGAGCACCCACUGUUGGACAAUUUAAUAAUUGGGGAGUUAAUCUACCUUUUAGAGGAAAAAAGCAAACUCCAUGGGAAGGAGCAGUAAGAGUGCCUGCGUUUAUAUAUCAUCCAUCAUUAAAACCUAAAGUGUGGCGUGGGUUAAUGCACAUAACAGAUUGGUUGCCUACUCUCUUAGCCGCCGCUGGAGGAGAAAUUAAGAAAGAAAUAGAUGGACUGAAUCAAUGGGAUUCUAUAGUAAAAGAUGGGAAAUCUAAAAGAAAAGACGUUUUGAUAAGUUUAGAUGACAGUGGUGGUCCUAAUGUUUAUGCUGCUUAUAGAAUGGGUGAUUAUAAAAUUAUAGUUGGAAACGUGUCAGGAUUGAGUAAUGGGUAUUACGGUGCCAAUUAUAUGACAAACAAAGCUCCUUUGCCUGAUUAUUUUUCUACUAUUCGAUCGUGUGAAGUAGCAAGAAUUUUAGAAGCCUAUGGAAUAUAUUUGGACUAUGACGAGGUUAACAAAAUGAGGAAAGCAAGUGCUAUCCAACAAUUGGACAAAGUUCGAGAUCUGACUCCGUGCGAACCUACUCCAACCAAAGGUUGUCUCUACAAUGUUCUACAAGAUCCUUCUGAAAGCCACGAUCUUUGGAAUCGCGGUGCUAAAAUUAAUGCUGUUCUUACAAGCAAGUUGCGAGAAUUAUGGUCAAUGCAACUUCGUCGAGGUCCUUCAGUUAGAGAUGAACGAUCAAACCCGGCCAAUUUUGGAUACCGAUGGAUUCCAUGGCUAAAUGAUACAGAACUUGAUGGUAAUCAAACAACGACAUCUCAAAAUGGAAUUGAUAGCAGAACUCCUUUUUUAGUGUCAAGUAGCAACGGAGCUGUUACAGAAAAAUCAUUUGAUUCAGUAGUAGGGUGUGAUCACACUACAGGGUUUUCAAAUUUCUUAUGUCAAUUAACGAGUUCUUUCUAGUUCCAAGUACAACUAUUCGUAUUAAAUAAGUAGUAAUAUUUAAUAAAUAAAUUUUGUUAUUAUUUUCAACAAAA